UUUCGAGACCUACAUAAGUCCUCCACAGACGUGUCCAUUAUCCAUUCGACACGACGGUAGUACAACGAGCUCAGCAAAACAGUGUUAUGACAGGAUCAGUAAGACCUGCGUCAGACAUAACAGACGACUGCCCGUUGUGGAGAACAUAUCCUCCACUGUACAAACAGCAAUCUCCUAGUGGAGACGAGCCACUGGCUCUACCGUUUUGAGUCGUCACGACCGAGCAUUCAAUCUCUAUCCCGACGACAUCAUGUCCACAACGGCAACAAUAACAGCAAACGACGAGGGUUGGGUUCAUUACCAUGAUGGAGGGCUCCCAGGACGACGACAAGUUCUGACUGGCGUCACAGCCAAACCAACUUUCAACGAGCUCCCCAGGAUUGACUUUCAGCGUAUAUAUUCCGACAAUCUCUCAGACCGCCAGCAACUCGCAAAAGAAGUGGGGGCUGCCUGUAGAGACGUUGGAUUCUUCUAUGCUGUCAACCAUGGUGUUGAUGAGAGCCUUCUUCAAGACACGUUCGAAGCAUCGAAAAGGUUUUUCGAUUUGCCGACGGAUGUUAAGAUGGAGGUACAUAACCAGAAGACAUCGAAAUUCAGAGGGUACGAGGCGUUCCUCGAAGGAAAAUUGGACCCCAGUACAAGAGGCGAUCUCAAAGAAGGCUUCCUCAUGGGCGAAGACGCCACCGACCCCGAACAAAACCGGUCCAUAACGCCCUCCACCGCAGAGCCACGCAACCAGUGGCCAACCCACCCCUCAGCACUCUUCUGGAGACCGGCAAUUUACCGCUACUACAACGCCAUGUACGCCUUCAGCAAGCAGCUCCUGCGCAUCUUCGCCCUCGCCCUCGACCUCCCCGAAACCGCCUUCGACGCCAUCACCACGCACCCCAUGACCAACAUCCGCGCCGUGCACUACCCGCCACAAGAAUCCGAAGCCGACGUUGGAAUCGGCGCACACACAGACUUCUGCUGGUUCACGCUCGUCUGCCAGUCUCAGACCGCGCAGCCCGCGCUCGAGGUGCUGAAUGCGAACGGCGUGUGGGUGCCCGUGCAUCCCGAACCGCACACGUUUGUGGUCAAUGUUGCGGACUUUUUGAAGCUGGUGACGGGAGGCACGUGGCAGAGCACAGUGCAUCGGGUGCGGAACAUGGGUGGAGAGGAGAGAUACAGCUGUCCGUUUUUCUUUUCUCCCAAUGAGGAUGCGAAGGUUAGCGUUUUGGAGCAAUUCAGGAAGGAGGGGGAAGUGUAUGAGGAGUUUGUGGUGGGCGAGUAUUUCCAGAAGAGGCUGGAUGUUGACAGGACGACACAUCUGGAUGGUGACGAAGGCGAGAAGAAGGGAGGCUCCUAGGAUAGGUGGUGCUGGUCUAUCAUUCCCGACCUAAAGUUUUCCCGAUUAGCCAGACCUGUAGAAAUGGUAUUUGUCAGAAAGAGCUUGGAUAAACGGUAGGGAUCAAGUAAAACAGGGCCAUAGCCAAAGACAA